UUUAAAAGUUGAUGAAUACUUCCGGUUGUAAAACCCAUCAAAACAGUGCCAUGUGAUUUUCGUUAUUCACUGUAGUACAAUUCUGUGUUAAAUUUGUCGAAAUGUCUAGUGAUGCGCUGUCAUUCCAUGAAAUGGGACUUGAUGACAGGCUCUUGAAGGCUGUUUCUCACCUGGGCUGGUCUGAGCCAACACCAAUACAAGAAAAAGCCAUCCCAUUAGCAUUAGAAGGAAAAGACAUUCUGGCACGAGCAAGGACUGGAUCUGGGAAGACUGCUGCCUUCUGUAUUCCUGUCAUCCAGAAAAUACUCACAGCAAAACAGUCGAGCACAGAGCAGUGUGUUAAAGCUCUGGUGUUGACACCCACCAAGGAACUAUGCCAGCAGGCCUACAAAAACCUAAUGGAUUUGACAUCAAGUUGUUCUAGAGAAGUCAGAGUGCUUGACAUUUCACCUCAAGUGUCUCUUCCUACACAAAAACCCAUGUUGACGGAGAAGCCAGAUAUCGUUGUUGCCACGCCCACUCGAGCCCUGGCACACAUCAAAGUCGGUAACCUUAAUCUCAAACAGUCUCUAGAGCUGCUGAUCAUUGAUGAGGCAGAUUUACUCUUCUCCUUUGGUUAUGAGGAUGAUGUGAAGGGAAUUCUCAGUCACCUCCCCAGGAUCUAUCAAGCCUUCCUAAUGUCUGCCACGCUGAGCGAGGAUGUCCGGGCCCUGAAGAGGAUGGUUCUCCAUAAUGCUGUGAUCUUGAAACUUGAAGAAUCACAACUACCAGAGGCAUCACAACUGGCUCAGUAUCAUAUAAAAUGUGAAGAGCAGGAUAAAUUUACCUUAGUGUAUGCUCUGUUGAAACUGAAUUUACUUCAAGGGAAGUCCAUUAUAUUUGUAAAUGAAGUCAACCGAUGUUACAAACUAAAAUUAUUUCUGGAACAAUUCGCAAUACCCUCCUGUGUGUUAAACUCAGAACUUCCAGUUAAUUCUAGAUGUCAUAUUGUGAACCAGUUUAAUGAUGGACUUUAUGACAUCAUCUUAGCCUCUGAUGAAAACUUGUUGAUGGAUCCAAAGGCCAAACCACAGGAUCAAGAGAAGGAAAAAAAGAAAAAACCUAAAAAGAAAGACAAGGAAUAUGGAGUCUCCAGAGGCAUUGAUUUUCAGAAUGUUUCCAAUGUCAUCAACUUUGAUUUCCCUCCUGAUGUAGACACCUACAUACACAGAGUCGGAAGGACAGCAAGAGGAGGUAACCAAGGCAAUGCCCUUUCCUUUGUCAGUGUCAAGGAUAUGGAGUUACUAGAGGAAGUGGAAAAGGCACUCUCAGAUUCAGGCUCUGAGGAGGAAAGUGUCUUUAAGCCGUAUAAUUUCAAAAUGGAGGAGAUAGAUGGAUUCCGAUAUAGGGCAAAGGAUGCCAUGAGAAUGGUGACAAAAACAGCUAUACGAGAGGCUCGCCUGAAGGAAAUUAAACAAGAGAUGUUAACCUCCAAUAAACUAAAAAGCUACUUUGAAGACAAUCCUCGUGAUCUGCAAGUUUUAAGGCAUGAUAAAAGUCUCCACACGAUUCAAAUACAGAAACAUCUGAAAAAUGUUCCAGAUUAUCUAGUUCCCAAAACUCUGAGACACAUGCGCAGUACCACCACCAAACCUGGAAGGUCAAAAGAAAAGAGGAGAGCCUCAGCACCAAAAGGGCCCACCCGGGCAGAAAUUAAAUACAAGAAAAGAAAAGCGGAUCCGUUGAGAAGUUUUGAAUCAGCAGGAUUAGUAGGUGGAGGCAAGAAGAAAAAGUUAUAGUUGUUAAAAUUUAUGUAAUAGAAAUAAAUACAUUGUUAAAAUUUG